GGCUUGCGGGCGCGCAACAUCAUCCACGCCAAGAUUGAGGAGAACAUCCGCGCCAAGAUGGCCCGCAAGGAGCCUGAGGGCGGCUACAAGGAUGCACUGCAGCUGCUGAUGGAGCACACGCAGGGCAACGGGGAGCAGCUCAACAUGCAGGAGCUGAAGGAGUCUGCCACAGAGCUGCUGUUUGGGGGCCAUGAAACGACUGCUAGUGCUGCCACAUCGCUGAUCGCCUUCCUAGGGCUGCACCAUGAUGUCCUGCAGAAAGUGAGGAAAGAGCUGCAGGUGAAGGGGUUACUGUGCAGUCCCAACCAAGAGAAGCAGCUGGACAUGGAGGUCUUGGAGCAGCUGAAGUACACGGGCUGUGUCAUCAAAGAGACCCUCAGGCUGAGCCCUCCUGUUCCUGGAGGAUUUCGAAUCGCGCUCAAGACCCUUGAGCUAAAUGGUUACCAGAUCCCUAAAGGUUGGAAUGUUAUUUACAGUAUCUGUGAUACCCAUGAUGUGGCAGACCUCUUUACCAACAAGGAUGAAUUUAACCCGGAUCGCUUCAUGUCUCCAUCUCCAGAGGAUUCUUCUAGGUUCAGUUUCAUUCCUUUCGGUGGGGGCUUGAGGAGCUGCGUGGGCAAAGAGUUUGCAAAAGUCCUUCUAAAAAUAUUUACAGUGGAGUUGGCUCGGAGCUGCGACUGGCAGCUGCUGAAUGGACCUCCUACGAUGAAAACAGGCCCCAUAGUGUACCCUGUGGACAAUCUGCCUACCAAAUUCAUAGGUUUCAGCGGCCAAAUCUGAGAGCUCAGUGCUUGCCUCCGGCUGGAUUUCUGUAUAGCAUCUAAAUGUACAUAGCAACUUUUUAUAGUAAUGAAGGCCUUUAAAUAUUUAAACUUGUAAAUGUACAAUAGUUAUUUAUGUCUCCUAAAUAUUUCAAAAGGCUAUGAUAUUUUUUUCCCCAAGCACUACAAUUAUGGGUCUCUGAUUCAUAAUUAGAUAAUGUUAUUUCUAUAGAAAUAAGUCUUCCCCUAUUUAAAAAUCUUACUGAAAGCUGGCCAGCUAAACAUUUGAAGACAUUUGACCAUGGUGUGUGUAUUAAGAAUUAUUCUUAAAGACGUUUGAAACUGAUAACUAGCUGCUCCUCCGAAUUACCUAAAAUCGUUAUUGUUUGAGGAUGUUUUCAGUAUUAUUUGUGUCUAGAUCUUAUGUUUAAUGUGUGAAUUUUAAGUUUGAUAAUAAAGUUUAUUUUUUAUGA